GUCGUGAUCCCACCUCUCAGUGUUUUCGGGUUUGUAGGAAACAUUUUCUGCUGCAAAAUUCUGGUGCGAAGCGGAAUGGGAAAACCCUCUAACAUCAUCCUUUUCGCACUGGCUAUCGCUGACCUAUGUACUGUACAGAUCAACGUAGCACGGAUACUGUACACAUACGCCCCCAGCGUCCAGGGCAACCAGUACGGCUGGAUGACCGAUUACAACACGGCCGUGUGCGCGUACCUGUACCUGGUGGCCGUGACCUUUAUUCAAAACGUCGGGAGCUACACCUCGGCGAGUUUCUCCGUCGUCAUCACGAUCGAGCGGCUGAUUGCCGUGUUUCUUCCACUGAGGUUUGCCAGUAUCGUCAGCCCUGCCCGCGCCUGGCUGGUCGUCUCGGCAGUCUACCUGUUCUGGAUGCCCUGGUGCUUGUUUGCUGCAACUCUAUACAGGUUUGAUUACGCGAUGGUGCCAUUUUACAACACAUCCGUCGGACGUGCCAAGUACACGGACUUCUUCUACGCUAAUUUCGAUAUCAUCACUAAUUUAAAUUUCAACAUUAUCAACACUCUUUCAACGGCGGUGCCUCUCGUUUUCGUCACGGUCGGCUGCAUUAUUGUAAGCGUUAAGAUCAAGGUGAACCUGCGCAAACGACAAAAGAUGACAUCAUCCACCAAGAAGACGUCCAGUACCCACACCACAGCAACACUUCUGGUGAUCUGUUUCGUGUUCGUCUUCUCCCAUAGCAUCGUCUACCUGUCUGAUCUCAUCUCCAACAGCCUCUUGGACUUUAGGGACACAUCAUCGUCGGGCUUUUUCAUUGUUUUGGUUGUCCCUCUCCAAAGCCUUUUAAAGACAAUCAACAGCUCUUCAAAUUUUAUCAUUUAUAUCAUACUGAACCCGAAAUUUAGAAAAAUCUUCAUAGAGAUUAUCACAAGAGGCACUUUCAAAAGCAAAUUAGUUUAG